AUGACCGACUCUAAUGCACCAAUGCCAUGGAUAGGCCUAUAUGCUGCUGGUGCAUCUCUAAUAUGGACUCUUGCACUUUUGGCUGAUGCAGCGAUCUCCAUCCGCCAUAGAAAAUUAUGGUUCCCAUGCAGAUAUUCUGCUCUCAAUGCUGCUUCCUUGACUGUGUUAGCCAUCGCAGUGAAGUUUUCAAUUGAUCUAACUACCCCGAUGAAAGGUAUUUACGAUCAAACCGCUAAAAGUAGUAGCACUGCUUUCUUGUGUAUUUCAACCACUCAUUUCAUGCCUUCUCUGGGAUCCAUGAGGGAUAGAGAAAUAUUAGUGAACUUGACAGCAUUGGGUAUCCUUAUAGUGACGCUUACUGUAAAUGUUAUCAUCCAAGAAUUCACAGGCGUGAUUGAACGUGAUUUCCAAGUGGGGAAUCUGGUGACUGUCCUUACGAAUGUUUAUGCGUUCAUUGUAUUGAGUUCUUUAGCUUUAACGGUAUUUACAAGUAAAAAAUAUUUGGAACAUAAGUACAAGGAAUUGAGUACAAGAAUUUCGGUAGAGGAACUACAAGGAGACGAAUUAAUGGACUUUGACAAGUUAAAGUCACGUGUGAAGAAGUACUGGGUGAUGGCAGAAACAGGUAACCCUCAGUUUGUGAUGGCACGAUCUGAGACCAGCGGUGUUUUAUUCAUGAUCUGUGCCUUAAGUUAUACUUUUUCUGUAUCACAAUUACAAGGAUAUAAUGAGCCAGAUUCCGAUUAUAAAUGGAUGAAAAUCAUUAGACUCUUAGUGAAGUUGAAGAAAUUUUUAUUCAAUCCCAAUGAAUCAGAACACGAGCUUGGUUAUGAACAAGAUCUUAGAAAUUUUGUUUUACUUCUAGAAAGUGAGGCAAUGCAAGAUGGAUACCUGAAGUUUAUUAACACAUCUAUUAAUUCAUCCAUAAAGAUGGGUACAAAGCAUCAGCCUAGAAAUCUAAUGGAGCUUAUGGAGAACUCCACCAGCUUCGAGGGUGUAUUAAAAUUUGAAAGUGAUCAAGUCUCUCCAAUUAUUUGCUCAGAACCUCUUAAUUGCUGGAGUCUAUCCGUGGCAACGCUAACAAGCAUCAUGAUUGCUCUUCCCAACGUUCAAAAUGAGAAGAAGACUCAGUUUGUUAGAAGUGUCACAGAAGGUUUUAAGUAUGUGCGUCUAAUGGAGAAAAGUCUGGAUGUUCAUAAAAAAUUGGUGAGCAGCACGGGCGCCGCAGAUUUUGCAUGGGUUUUAGUUGAGUUGAGGUGCAAGUGGUUAGAAGUGGAUCUCCAAAAAAUUGCCAGGGUAUCAAAAUCCUCCAAAGAAACUCUUCAGAAUCUGGCAAAAAAAAGCGAAGAAAUUUUGAAGGAAUUCACGAGUAGAAUGAAUGAAAAUGCUAUGGAAAGCUCAGUUAACUUGCCUAAAAAUGUCAUAAUUGCUAAUUCAAUGUACAAAAUGAGCAACAGUUUGCUGUUGGUCUACGAGGAUAUCUAUAAUUCAGCAUCAGAUACUCAAGUGUUUGAGAGAUUGUCUGUUAUCAUUGCAGAUAUAUUAGCAGCAUGCCUGACAAAUUUACCUCAUUUUGUACUCAAGAAAUGCCACAAUAGCGCCAUAGAAAAACGGGAGAAAAGUAUACGUGAAGCAACUCACCUUUUGGGAGAAACUCAAGGCAUUCUGAAAGCUCUUCAGAAGCAUGAAAUUCCUAAUCUAUCACCCGAACAGUCAAUUUACAUUGACGAAUGGCGUACUUUACUCAAACACACUAACCAUGGCAUUUCGGACUCAACUCCUAGCAGUGAGAGUAUUAUUACUGCUUCAAGUGGUGAUGUGCAUUUGGAUAUACAAGAACUUCGUGCAAACGAUACAUCAGAAGCCUUGGAAACGGAAGAAGGUAACGCGGAGUCUCAUGUGAGCGGGGAAGUGGCCGAAGAGUCAUGA